CUUUAUCUAACAUGUUAUUUGUAACAGAUGAUUUCGAAGAUAGUAAUAAUACAUUAUGUUUACUUUAAUCCUAUUUUAUCAAUGCAUCCUAAUUAUCAUCGAUAAUGUACCCAUUAUUUAUUAAAAGAUGGACUGCUAUUAUAGCAUUUAUCCUAUAUUAAUCAUGCGUUAACAAUCAAAAAGAGGAAGCUUUAAGUCUAUAUGGAUAUUUAUUUUUUGGAUUCUGCAUCCCAUUCUCUAUUUCAAUCUAUCCAUUUUUUACUCAUGAUUAUGGUCUUGCGGGAAUUAGUUGUUGGAUCAAAGAGGAUAAUGUAAUUAAAUUAUAGCAAUAUUAGAUUGAUAAUUCUUAUAGAAGUACCAUAAUAAGAUAUAUUAAUUUCUAUAUUCCAUUGAUUGUGAUCAUCUUGUACAACUCAAUUAUUUACAUUAUAAUAAUUUGUAAAUUAUAUGGAAUAUCUGAAUAAUAAACAAAAUUUAUAUAUAAGAUGAUAUCCUAUCCAUUAAUAUUAAUUAUUUGUUGGAUAUUUACAGCAUUUAAUAGAACUUAUGAGGAAAUUUCCUAAUAAUAAUAGAUUUGGCUGCUCUACCUAUCAAAGGCACUAUCUGGAUUGAUGGGCUUUUUUAACUAUAUUGGUUAUGGUUUCACACCUUAAGUAAGGGAAUCUUUCACUCGUUAUUGUUUCACAAACAAAUCAAACACCUUAUCAGUUGAAUUGGCAUUGAAUCAAUAAUAAAAUUUAAAUCUUAGCUAAAAUACUCAAGAGGCCUAAUCCAGAAAUUCAGUUGAUUCACAAAGAGACAGUAUUUAAGGAGACUUGAGCUUUAUCGCUGAAUUGUAUUGA